AUGGUUCAACCAAAACACGAUUCCCCGCCCGAUGAGACUGAUUUCGGAUCGACCAUCUUGCAAUCCAAGCCGAAUAUCCGUCAAGUGAUCGAUCGCGCAGCCUGGCUUGCAUUCAUAGCACUGCGCCGGCAAACCCACGAGAUCUGUUCGAUACGUCGUGCUUCGCUAUACUCAAUCAUAUGGGCAUUUUAUCAGUUCAAGACCGCAGAAGCCGUUGGUCAUCCGAUUGAAGAGCUAAUUCGGACCGCAGAACCUGCAAAAGCUCUGGCAAACGAUGAUCUGUUCUUUUACCCGUUAUUGAUCUAUCCGGAUACGACAUACUUAACUUCAAUCGACUUGGAAGAAGAUUGGCAAGCCUCCCACAUCCAUCCUCUAAAUCAUCAGCUCUUCCAGCCUUCCUUUAUCCUUCCGAAUCCAGCCUCGUCUUCAUCUCGAAAUGACAACACCCUGACGGCGCCGGGAACAUCGGGAACGAAACGCAAAGACGAUCAUCAAACCCAACUUUCGAGUUCCGAGUCAAUUGCUCAACAUUUUCCUCCCCCUUCUCGUGGCCCGUCGAAUGCCGGAAUCGAGGAACGCACUCCAACCGAGAGUAGAGACCAUGAUAGUUUGGACGACCGGUCAUUAAAUCAUACGGAACCCGAUGUUCUGCUGAGCCCCGAGGUCAAUACAAUAACACAUGAAUCAAAACAACAUCAGGAAUGCUUCCAGCCGACAUGCGUCAUACCCAAUGGAGCGAUUCUGGAGCCGUUUCUUGAUGAAUUCUAUGAAAUCUUUCAAAAUAAAUUGUUCGACAAAGAUUACAAUGCCAAACGAGCACCGCUUAAUGAUCAAAAGCAUCCGAGCUUGCCGUUCUGUUUAAAACCUAGUGCCAAUCAAGUAUCGCUUAGAGUGACAAGGAUCCUGGAAGAAUCCGAUGGCAAUUCACAGGAUCGACGUGUUUUGUUGAUGAUUUACAAACUCUUGAUCGGUUGGAUGUAUGAGCUUCAUGAAAUCAUUUUGAAUGAACACAACAUCCCAAUAGCCGACUACAAAACUCACCAAAGACCGUUGUUCAAUUGGCUCCUUCAAGAGCUUUUUGAACCCAGUGGUAGUGAUCCGGUUUUCGGUUUAGUUGUGCCCCCUUAUCCAGUUUGGAAAUCUGAUUUCUCAGAUCAUCAUCUGGGUCCUAUUCAGAUUUUCUUGAUAAGAUACUUUGCUGGUGUUGGCCGUGAUAAUCGAUCUGCCAAACCGGCUGCCUCGUAUCUAAUUGAAACGUAUCUCACCCAAAAUAAAAUUGAUUAUUCGGCGCUGAGUCAGCCAUCUUCAAUUAAAGAAAAGGAAGAUGAAAGUUUCCAACUAAGAAUAAAUGCGACCUACAAAGAGAUAAUGAGAUUUAUAUCAACGCUGGAGAUAGAUGAUGAUGAUUUUUGGGUUAUGAUUUCUCGGUUCAAGAACAGUCAACCGAUCGGAGUUGUUGAGCCGCUAAGGAUCCUCAGUUUGCCUGAGAAGAAGAUGGUUACUCCAUCAUCAAUCAGCAGGAAUUUUAAGCUCUUGAGUACCGCAUUGGAUUUCAUUCAUCUGCAGCUGUUGGAUAAAAACUCAAAACUGGAUUCCCAAAAUUCGCAUAACUUGAUGAGGCAGAAGCUUUUCGAAUGGCUCAAUGAGAUGAUCUUUAAUCCAAAGGAUAGCUUGCCCAUCAUCGGCGUGGUUCACAAAAACGGAUCCCUGGCCCCUUGGGAUCUCUGCAAAGAAGACACUUCUACAUCCAAUACUUCGUUUGGUCCCAUUCAAGAAAGGUUGAUCAGGUUCUUUUCUAAAGAAUUCAUCAAUGAUCUUCAAGAAUUUCUGGAUAUUUUGGGCUUCUUGUUGACGCAUUGGAUCCAUAGUGAACACAUUAAUCAAAUCAAAUUAGAAGUACAUACAUUGACCUAAUUGAGGCUAUAUAUAUACAUGUACCAGUUGUUUAUGGCCAUUCAUUUUGGAGUGCAGAACCUGGGCAAACCACCAUAAAAAACAUUACAUCUUUCUUUUUUUGC